CAAAGCUCUGCUUCUGUAAGCAUGUCCAGGGUUGAAGGUUAUGGCAAGUCUGACCUACGCUCCCAGCUACGAGCAUGUAGGACUGAGAUCGCCAUGGCAAUCCAUGACCCUUUCCCCUUACUGUAUGGGCUGGCUGAUCAUGACAUCAUCUCUGAACAGAUUUUGCAGGAAACGUUGGAUCGAAAGAAAAAAGAUGGCAUCCACAAAGCUGUCUACUCCCUCCUCACUUUGCUACUGGAUCAGGACGCUGCUGUCCUCCAGGCCUUCUGGUGCAAUCUCUGUAAAGAGUACAACAAAGAGAGUUAUCCCAAACUGGAAACCCUAUUUAUGAACCUCCCCAAAGGAUUAAAGCAGGUGGCCCGACACACUGGAAACACCAGGCUUGAGCUGCAGGUCCGCAGUCAACCAGGCAAGAAGAGAGGGGUGGCUGAGAAACAUCAGACCCAUCGCCCUCAUCAAUACACUAAGAGAGCUUUACCCAUCACCUCAGGAAGCAAAGGGAAGUCUAUGAGGAAAGCAGAAGGCACAGCACUUUCUCAGGUCACGGUGGGAAAUGGUGUCCAGGCUGUGUCUGCAUCAGUCCAGAGAGCUGUGACUUUGUCUGCCAGUGAGCAUCCCACUGGCUGUGGGACAGUGGAGGGGAUUCUAAUCCAGCAAGUCAUUGAAUCUGGAGGUGCCAAAAAAUGCAUCAAGGUUGGAGGAGAGUUUUAUUCUUCUGGCAAACUUAAUGAGACAGCUGGUGGACACAAGACACAGACUGCACACAACUAUAGUCACCAGCUGGGGGAGCCCAGCACCAGGGCUAUGGAUGUGGAGCAUAACGAUGAUGAAUGUGCAGUGUGUAAAGAUGGUGGGGAGCUCAUCUGCUGUGACGGCUGUCCUCGCGCCUUCCACCUUAGCUGCCUGGUGCCGCCGCUCAACUCCAUACCCAGUGGUACAUGGCGGUGUCAGCUAUGCCAUAGCAGCAGAGCCAAAGAGAGGACAUAUAUCCCCUUGCAGUCAGCUGUUCACCCUCCUUUGAUGGAGACAAGCUCCAGCUCUGCUGUAGACUUCUCUUACUUCUCCUCUCUGUCCUCCACUUCACUCUCCACUGUCCCAGAAGGCAAAAGCACUCAGCCCACAGGCCUCCAGGUACAAAGCUCUGAUGGGGAUAUGGCUGGGAUCAGGAUGGCCUGUGGAAUUUGCCACCUCACCAGAGGAGAGCUGAUCACCUGUCCUCAGUGCCUACAGAGCUACCAUACCCACUGCAAUUUCUCAAAUGGAAAGUCUAAAUGUAGGAAUUGCUCCAGGGCUUGGGGCUCAGAAAGUGAAACAUCAUCUAGGAGUCUUCAGGCGACCCAACUCAUGACUGAUCAGAGCUCAGCCACCUCAGAGCAGCUGCUCAGACAAGAUGAAAUGGACUCUAUAAUGGGAGAGAGCUCUAUAGAUGGGAUCCUGCAGUGGGCCUUCCACAACAUCUCCCGUCCUCUUUCUGAGUCUCAAGGCUACUUCCAGUGA